AUGAACCAAAAAAUUAUCCCAAUAGAAACUGUCGCUCCUCAUAAAAAGGUAAAAACUGCCAAGCGCCUACAGCGAGAAGAGAUCACAAGAGACAAUGCAGUUUCAGAACUGCAAAUACUUUUAGUUGGUCAUUCUUUUUGA